AGGUUCCAAGCAAGUUACGUCACCUUAUAAACGUACUUUUCUGUCUACUAUGACAAUCUUACGUGACACAUAGUUGUUAAAGGGACGCAAUCUCGAUGGCUUAAUCAAUAAAAGUCACCUCCCUCUAGCCAUGACUACAGAGUACAAGGAUUACGACAUUCUUGCUCUAAAUUACCCCGUGUAUGUAUAUAUCCAAUGAGAGGCCAGAUUCCAUGUUAUGUUGGGAUUAGGAGAGUGGAAAUGAAAGUCAAGUAGCCUCCCCUUGUUAAAGACGUUUAUCCAAUCACUGAGUCUUGAUCAAUAACAACAAACUUAUAUGACUCCUGGCAUAUUUUUUUUUUUCGUUCAUCUACUUACUUCGCUGGCAGAGGUAGCAUGGAGUUGUCUGUUAAACUUUAUCUCGACUGGAUACUUCUGCAAUACUAGUAACAUGAACCAAUCGUCUGAAAGACACUUCGGAACAAAAAUGUUCAUUUUGGCGAUGCUGUUGCAUUUGCCAACCUUGAGUGCUAUAUCAGAAUUCACGAUUUCUAGCCCCUUCCAGAGUUCGGGCAUCUCAAAAGGCAACUUAGCCAGAGAAGCUGUAAAAUUAUGCCCCAUUGUCUUUACUCUAUCAACUGAUAGAUUAGCAGCAUUGGAGCAUCACCGCCAGCGCAAAGUUCUCUCAACAUGUUUAAGAACUACAACUAAUGGCCAGCACGUAGGUCUAUAUCAAACGAUCAACGUGUUUACAAACGAAGCAAAUUUGGAUGAAGCUGGCACUGAUUCAAAACUGUUCUCUACGCUAGAUAACGUGGUCCAAAGGCGAACUCUUCCCAUCAGCCCUUCAAGUCUGUUCCUGCUUGUUGAUGGAUACCAUUACGUCAUCGGCGGCACGGCAACAAUAGCUAUUCAAGGCCUAACUCUCUUUUUGACUGAACUAGUCUCCACAACCGGCGCUGGCGUUUUCGGUACUAGAUCUAGAUCAAGUUAUGGUUUGGAAAAAAGAGCAGCAUUCAACACGUGCAGCCCACGUCGAAUGAACAGCAGAUGGUUUUUGGAAUUUCUUCGUACUGGCAAACUGUGUCAGACGCACGUCGUCAAAGUCAGAUUUGGUAUUGGACGAUGAGAGGCUAGAUUCUCUUUUCUUCAAUAGAUCUAAAACUUGGCAUUUUUCGCCCUUAGAUAUAUGUAGCACGAGGGUACCCGGAAGAUUAAUUGGAUCAGGGAAUUUCAAUGUAGGCCUAGAAAAGGAAUUGUUACUUUUAGCUCAUAUCAACUCUGUCUGGUAACAAGGUGCACUCGUUAAUUCUUCCACACCCAUUCUCAAUUUGAAACUUUGCAAAAAUUAUUCAUUGAUGUAGAUAAGAAACGAAUAAAAUAAAACAAAAAACAAUUAGUCAAUUUAACUACUGGUAUUUAAUUAUUUUGAUUGAUACCGACAAUGGAAAUUAAUCCUACAGUAUUCACGCAUAUGGCUAAAUAUGUAGGGUUUGUUUCCUUUAUAUAAUUGUUCCCAUUAUUUCUCCCACACCCACUCUCGGAUCAAGUUGAAAUUU